CCUGCAGACCCAAGUGGGGGAGAGCAGAGCCCUGCUGCACAGGAGGCCCAGCCGCUCCUCCCCCACCACGCUGGCCCUCCAUGGAAGCCUUGGUCUGUGCGUUCUCUGAGCUGCGCAUAAGAGAAGAUGCAGUGAGCUGGGCCCGAGGACAUCCCAGCCACCCCGACACACCACCCAACAUCUACGAGGGGGGACUGGGGGCCCAGCAGCAGCAGUGCCCCAGUGCCCAGGGAAGCAAGCCCAAGAACUUCCGGCUGCGCCACCUCCGGGGCCUGGCUCUCUACCUGCCGGGCCACAUGCAGGCUGCUGGCCAGUGUGAGAGCCACUGGCUAGGCCGGCUCAUGGCCAGGGGCUGCUUCCCACGGCCUGAGGGCAUGGCCUGGCCCCUAGACCUGCCACAGGGGACUCUGGGCUCCGUUAACAGCCAUUGCUCAGCCCUUCUGGAAGCUCCAGUGCCCAGGGACAGCCUGGGAAAUACAGCUUCCAGUUCCAGCAUGGACCCAGCCAAGGGUGUCCCCUCCCAGCUGGGUCCCUCCGAAGGCUUGGGGCUCAGGCCCAAGAGGUCCUGGGGGGCCUCAGAGGAGUCCACAUGUCCCUUAUGCAAGCGAACCCGCUCUGGGGCUCUGGAGAGACCAUAG